CGCCACUACCGGGGCCUGAGCGGGCCUGGCGGAGCCCGAGCGCGGCCCGGCCCGCAGCGCGGGGUCCCGAGCGCGGCACAUGGCCACCCAUUCGGCCCAGAAACCCCACCAGUGCAUGUAUUGUGAUAAGAUGUUUCACCGCAAGGACCAUCUGCGCAACCACUUGCAGACCCAUGACCCCAACAAAGAGGCCCUCCACUGCUCCGAGUGUGGUAAGAAUUAUAACACAAAACUGGGCUACCGUCGCCAUCUGGCUAUGCAUGCUGCCAGCAGCGGUGACCUCAGCUGCAAGGUGUGCCUGCAGACCUUUGAGAGUACCCAGGCCUUGCUAGAGCACCUGAAAGCCCACUCACGCCGGGUAGCAGGUGGUGCCAAGGAGAAGAAACACCCUUGUGACCACUGUGACCGGCGGUUCUAUACUCGCAAAGAUGUACGGCGGCAUCUGGUGGUGCACACAGGCCGAAAGGACUUUCUGUGCCAAUACUGUGCCCAGCGAUUUGGCCGCAAAGACCACCUGACACGUCAUGUUAAGAAGAGCCACUCUCAAGAGCUGCUCAAGAUCAAGACAGAGCCAGUGGACAUGUUAGGCCUACUCAGCUGCAGCUCCACAGUCAGCGUGAAGGAAGAACUGAGCCCUGUGCUGUGCAUGGCCUCUCGGGACGUGAUGGGGGCCAAGGCUUUUCCUGGCAUGCUGCCCAUGGGCAUGUAUGGUGCCCACAUCCCUACCAUGCCCAGCACUGGCGUGCCACACUCCCUGGUACAUAAUACGCUGCCCAUGGGUAUGAGCUACCCUCUGGAAUCCUCACCUAUCUCUUCCCCACCUCAGCUCCCUCCAAAAUACCAGCUUGGAUCUACCUCAUACUUGCCUGACAAAUUGCCCAAAGUGGAGGUGGAUAGUUUUCUGGCAGAGCUUCCUGGGAGCCUGUCUCUCUCGUCCGCUGAACCCCAGCCCACCUCACCUCAGCCAGCAGCAGCUGCAGCCCUCCUAGAUGAAGCACUGCUCACCAAGAGCCCCGCCAAUCUCUCUGAGGCCCUCUGCGCUGCUAAUGUGGACUUUUCCCACCUACUGGGCUUUCUUCCACUCAAUCUGCCCCCAUGUAACCCACCCGGGACCACAGGAGGCCUGGUUAUGGGCUAUUCCCAGGCUGAGGCACAGCCCCUGCUCACCACUCUGCAAGCUCAGCCUCAAGAUUCCCCAGGAGCUGGGGGACCACUGAACUUUGGGCCUCUGCACUCUUUGCCUCCUGUCUUCACUUCUGGCCUGAGUACUACCACCCUGCCUCGUUUCCACCAAGCAUUCCAAUAGCCCCCAUGGCGCCCUCAGUGCAGUCUUUGGCUCUAUCAUGGAGCCUGAGUAUCCUCCCUAUCCACCUCCCCCACAAAGGCAGCUGAGCUUUCAGAGCUGGGUUCAAAAAGCAAAAAUUCCACUGUCUGUAUGGAGCACUUGGUUUGAGGGUUCAGGUUCCAGGAUUGAUUCCAGGGGAACCUUGAGCCCCAGCACCGUGGAAAGAUCUACCAUAGGACUUUCAGGUAUUUUUACUUUUAUUUUUUAUCUGAAUUGGAAGCCACACUUAGCCUUCUCCUUCUCCAAAGAAUCAGAACCUCCUCUUUGGAGGAGAGGGAGGCCUCUUGGAGACACAGAGGGUACACCUUGGAUGACCUCAAGAUAAAUUGCAGAAGAAGCCUGCUGUCUGUCUCAACCUUCAGACCCCAUGGCAGUUAGUUGGUCAGGCCCUGCUGUGGAAGGUCACUUGGCUCCAUUACCUGCUUCCAAGCAGCAGGCAGGAGAGAAGGCUUCUAUUCUUCCUGACCACUCCCAUCCCCAUGAUACCAACAGCUCUGUUUCCAGUCAGUGUUGUGCAGCAACGGUACCGUUUACACAUUUGUCCAUUCGUCUCAGACACAUCAUUUCACCUCCCUUGCCACGCAGUUAGCCUUAGAGUGAUUGCAGUGAACACUGUUUACACACCGUGAAUCCAUUCCCACCAGUCCAUUUCAGUUGGCACCAGCCGGAACCACUUGGUACCUGGUGUUAACUGGAGCCCUGUUUACAAGGCGGAGUCAGGUCUUGCUGACUUCUCUUCACUUGAGGUCACAUUUUUCCCCCGUGGGGAAAUAAACUGACUUUUGGACUGCUUCAGUUUCUUCCAUGACUGCAUCUAUUCCUGCCUUUCUCGGCAGUGUCCACCGGAGACAGGCAAGAAGAUUGGAGCAGCUUUCUCACAGGUCUGUUUUUCUCCAAGUCCAUCAUGACCCCCUCAUCACCCUUCUGAACUGGAGAAGGGAAGAAAUGAAAGGCAUGCAUAUAUCUGUCACCUCCCUGUUCCGUAAUUCCCACUCAGAAUAUUAUGAGCUGUUAUUUAUCUUGGAAGGAGGGACUUUGGGGUUCUAGGCAGGUGGAAAUAGCAAAGGAGAGGGAAUGAGCUCCUCUGUCUCCCUGCUGCCUGCCCCCUUUUCAGGAAGUUGUGAAAUUGUUAGAAGUUUUCUGAAAGCUAGGACUGGGCAGAUAGUUGAGUCCUAAUCAAUCUAAUCAUUGUCUCCCAUACCAAAAAUUUUCUAACCCACAGUGUCCCUUCAUCUCCACUUUACAGUCCCCAUGGAUGCAGGGCCACUGUGUAUAGGCUUCUGUGCUGUCCAUCAAGGAACUUUCACCUCAUGCUCUCCCUCGGUUUUGCCCUUACUAUCUAACAUAAAGUGUUUUUUUUUUUUUU